GGUGGCCUUCACUGGUGAGUUUCUUCCCCGUUUCCUGAGGGACCGAAAGACUUUUCGCGGCGAGUCGGUAGGUCUAGUAAGCAAUAAAUUGAUUUGUGUUCUGUGCACGAAGGGAAAGUACGUGCGAAGAUUCUAGACAGUAUGAUGAUGGCAAACCUACCCCCCGUUAUGCUGCCACCCCUAACCGACUAUGGAAUGCUGACUCCUACCCUCGGACUAAAGAGGGGUAGCGACGAGCUUCUGUCGCAGAGCGGAGCAGUUAGCAAUGGUGCUGCAAUGAGUCCUCAACCACAUCACGCGGCCGACAACAACAAUGACGCCAAGAAGGUUAAACUCGACAAGAGCCACAAUAGCAAACCUUCGAGAGUCAUUCAUAUCAGGAACAUCCCCAACGAGGUGUCGGAGGGUGAGAUCGUCCAUCUUGGUGCACCCUUCGGUCGCGUUACUAACGUCCUCGUUCUCAAAGGCAAGAAUCAGGCGUUUUUGGAAAUGGCGGAUGAGAAUGCUGCAGCAGCGAUGGUGGGUUGCUACGGCAACUGCAUCGCUCAGCUCCGUGGCAGAGUAGUCUACGUCCAGUUCAGCAAUCAUCGAGAGCUCAGAACCGAUCAGACACACCCCAACAAUGCGAACUCUAACAACCAAGUUGCAAUUCCUGGACAGAACCAAGUAGCCCAGACACAAGCUGAGACUCAGGGGGGACCCAACACAGUCCUCAGAGUCAUCGUUGAGCAGAUGAUGUACCCCAUUUCUCUGGACGUGCUCUAUCAGAUAUUCACGCGGUUCGGCAAGGUCCUGAAAAUCGUCACCUUCACCAAGAACAGUACUUUCCAAGCGCUAAUACAAUACGCGGACAUGGUGUCUGCGCAAACUGCUAAACUCUCGCUGGAGGGUCAGAACAUCUACAACUCGUGCUGCACGUUGCGCAUCGAUUACAGCAAGAUGCAGAAUUUGAAUGUGAAAUAUAAUAACGACAAAUCCAGGGACUACACCAAUCCCACGCUGCCAACAGGCGACGCGAAUUUGGACGCAGCGUCGUUGGCGCUUGGCGGCGAACUUCUUCCUCAGUUGCUGAUGGGUGCUGGAUCUCAGCCACGCGCUAGAAUACCCGUAGAGUCCAUUGCAGGGGCACCGGGUGUGCUGCCCACGCCCUUCGCGGCCAUGCACGGUCUGCCCUCGCCCUUGGCGGGCCCCUAUAACGGGGUCCCGCCAGCCGGGGGCCUAGCCGGACUCGGGGGUUUCCAUCUCAGCGCGACAGGCCUCGGCGUACGCGUGCCCACCAACGCACAAACUUCCGCGGUGUUGCUCGUCAGCAACUUAAACGAGGAGGUUGUGCAUGUAGGCGUUUACGGGGAUGUACAGCGUGUGAAGAUUCUCUACAACAAGAAGGACUCGGCACUGAUUCAGAUGGCCGAACCACAUCAGGCACAUUUAGCACUAACACACAUGGACAAGCUGAGAGUGUUUGGAAAACAGAUUAAAGUGAUGCUCAGCAAGCAUCAGACGGUUCAGUUGCCGAAGGAGGGUCAGCCGGAUGCCGGUUUGACGAAGGACUACACUAACAGUCCUCUGCAUAGAUUCAAAAAACCGGGCUCGAAGAAUUACCAGAACAUCUAUCCACCGAGCGCGACUUUGCAUUUAUCGAAUAUUCCUAACACUGUAACCGAAGAGGAGAUCAGAGAUGCUUUCACUAAGAAUGGCUUCACCGUGAAGGCUUUCAAGUUCUUCCCGAAAGACAGGAAAAUGGCGCUCAUACAGAUGCCCAGCAUGGAUGAUGCUGUCACUGCUCUGAUCAAAAUGCACAACUACCAGCUGAGCGAGUCCAACCACCUGAGAGUAUCAUUUUCCAAGAGCAACAUCUACCAAGAAUCACAAAUAAAUUACCAAACCUAAACUCAGCUCAUUCUACCUAAUCUAAAGGACUUCAUAAAUCAGACCUCCUAAUCUUAAAUUCCCUCUAGAACAGUACUAACCUAACCUCAAACAGAAUACACCCGAAACAGGAGAUGCAACUAUCCGAAUAUUUCCAGAAAAUGCACAACUACCAGCUGAGCGAGUCCAACCACUUGAGAGUAUCAUUUUCCAAGAGCAACAUCUACCAAGAGUCAGAAUAAAAUUACCGAACCUAGACUCAGCUCAUUCUAUCUAGCCUAAAAGACUUCAUGAAUCAGAUCUCCUAACCUCGCAGUUCCUUUAGAACAGCCCUGACCUAACCUCAACCAGAAGCUGCA